GUUUAAUGGAUGAUUCGCGUCCCAAAAGAAAUUCCACGCGGUAGCUACGCCCUAGUAUACACCCAUAGUAUUAUCUCCAACUAAAUCAGCCAACACAACUUAAUUUGAUCCUCUACAUCACCAACACUUGAUUAAUCGCAUUUCUUUUAUCUUUUGUGUCCUCACUGAAUAACAAUUGACAUAGCAUCGCGUCCUCUUGGUAUUAAAUCGCCUAGUCAUUAUGCGAUUUACCCACUUGUAGUAGCGAUUAGACGCAGCGCGAGAGGCGCAAGAGGCACCCGUCGACAAAAUGCCAGCCUUUUCUUCCAUUAAUGUCGAGCCCGAGGAGAAUAUCGACGAAGAGGUCGAUAACACCCGCGAAAUCCAAAUCGACGAGGCCCUGAAGCGUUUCCAAACAGCCCUUAAGCUCCAUGCGCAAGGCCCCAAGCAUUACGAAGAAGCUACCCUAGCCUAUGAAUCGCUAUUUGAAUCUGAUAUCUUCCGUUAUCCCGAGAGCGCCACCGAUUUCGAACGCGCCGAACGACAGUCAGAUCAUCGUCAUCUCGGCGUCGAUGUCCCCUUUGCCCAACCGCUCGACGACUCCCAAGGCGAUAUCGACGGGAGUGGUAGCAGUCUUCCUCAGACCCUUUACCUCGCAUACAAAAAUCAUGGCCAGUUUGCUCUGGAUAAUAUCAAACACUUGGCCAAAGUUGGGGGAGAUGCUAAAGCUGUGUUAGAAGAUAAGAAGGUACUCGCAAGUGCUCAGACGGCGCUUUACGAGUUUAGUUCAGCCCUGGACUUUGAUCCAUCGGAUGCUGAGCUCUGGAGGAGAGCUGCACGUGUUGCCGCAUUUCUAAACAGCGCCAGAAUUAGUCGAUAUUGCCUCGAAUCUGCUAUUGAACUUGACGAUGACCCGGCCGUGGAUGAAGUUGAGCCGCCCUCCCUCGCGGAGGGAUUCGCGGGUGAGCAGUUGAAGAAAUUACUGAAUGUUCUAUCCGACAAGCUCGCUCUGUCGCAUCCGAUCAUGAUACCCUUCCUCAAAAAAUCAAUAUCGGACCGUCUUAUGAAACAUCUUGACCCUUUCCCAUUUCUUCCGAACCCUACCGACUUACCUGCACCGUCGAAGCGUUUAGUAGCAGCGGAUCAGCAGACCCCCAAACGUCUGAUUAUUAACGUUCCCAUAGCUUCGUGGGCCGAUUUAGGCAUGUCGCUUGUGCAUUCGGUUGCGACUGGGGGUAUAUCUGGAGAAGCUGUGACGCUGAAUCUUCCCGAGAUACCGGAGACUCAAGAUGACGUCCAAAUGCUUGUUGAAAGACCGAAGCCGGAGUUAUCCGAUGAAGCUGCCACUGUCCGAGUAACUCUUGAAAAUAAGCCUACAGCGCUAUCUAAAGACGAUCAGAGCGAUUCUACGAAAGAAUGCGGCGCUGAUAGCGGGAACACCGUAGAAGACUCGCGGGUCGAACGAAGUGUUUCGGUUCUCUCGCGAAAGCGAUCACAGUCUACGGCUGGACUGCCCGACGGGGUCGAUGAAGAAGUGGUAGAUCAGAAGAGGAGCAAGCGAAUUCGACGCCGUGAAACUGCCGGGGAAGUUAUGGACACGAACACGCAAUAUGCGACUCAAUUGCAGCCAUUCCAAGCCGCUGAUCAAAAUCUCUUCCAGAUGACGCGGAAUAUGGUAGAGAAUUUAGGCGUUACCGAUCGCGAUACUUUUAACCGGCUAGCUGAAGUUCUCGACUCUUGUGCGUCGUCUACUCGUACCGCCAAACUUGAGCGGCCGGCCAUGGUUGAUCUACGCGAUUCGCUGAUCAAGUUUCAUGAAGAGAGUACGAGGGUGGUCCUGAAUAAGAAGGAGGCCUCCCCUAUUGGCUUCUCGUCCUUUCUUGAGCACUCGAAGCCCGGAUCUCAAAAUAAACGCGAAACGCCUAUGUUCAACGAAACCAAAGGCUUGAAAGCCUUCUCCCAAAAGGUGAAUGAUAGCUGGAUAUCGAUCCAGGACGUUGCUUUCGAGUGGGUUAGCCAUCUGUGCGGGACUUAUCUUACGAGCAAGUGGUCGGAUUCUACGAAAACUGCCGUAGUCCAAGUGAUCAGUCAUCUCGACGAAGAUAUCUGGAACCGAGUGCAAUAUGAACUUAAAUAUCUCUCUUCAUCCGAGGAUCCGGCCAAGACGUUAGCUAUGGUCGACCACAUAAUCCAGAUGUUAUUCGAGUUGCAUCUAGACGUCUACGAGCGGAUAACAAACCCCAAUAGUGCCGUGGAUUUUGCUAUUCGUGUCGAAACAAAAGGAAGAUUAGGUCGCUGGUUCACCUUUGCUUCGCAGAUGAGCCGAGACCGGCCGGACAGCGAAGACUCUUCACUGUCCCUCCGAUUUCUAUGGUCUGCUGUUUUUGCCGUUACGUUGACAGAGGGCGUAUCGAGGGACCACGUUCUUCAAUGCUGGAAGAGCCUCCGAGAUAGGCUUGUCGAAGAACCGGAAACUGUCGACAUACGACUUCCAAAUAACGCGAUUAUGCCGGAAAUCUCGGCUCAUGCGGCUGACAGGGAAAUAUCUAAACUCACAACUAUGGACUUCUUCCUCGGCCUAUUCCAAAGCGAUCUCAGUGACCCUAUCUCCGUAAUCGAGAGCCUGGAGCCCGUCCUCAAUCCUUCCUCUGUUUAUAUAGCAACGGCUAAUUCGAUAGCGCCCGAGGUUAUGGUAAUAGAUGAAAAUCCGGAGGCUUCAACGGCUAGUCACGCUGGGUUGCCCAUCUCCCAGACCGCGAACCAGGGUCUGCGGGAUCUCUGGAAGUUCUUGCUAGGCACGAGCACCGAACUAAGAUUAUUUCUGUGGACGCGACUGGGAGAUGCAUACAAUGCUAUCGACUAUACAACGAAGCAAUUUUCAUGCCUUCUAAAGAGCAUCGAGAUGGUUAUUGCCGAUUUCGAACAGGACUCUUAUUUGACGAUGUCUGCUGAAUCACGCCGCCCUCUGUUCCUCAAGAUGCUCAAGUUCUUAGACGAAUUAUUGAUACAGGCGCUUUCGAUGGCGCUCAACGACGCGAAAGCUUUCGAUAUCAUAGAUGACGAGCAUCUCAGGUCCAGCAUUUCGGCCUUGGUAAAAUUAUCUUGCAUGCUGCACGUAUCUUGCAUGUAUGAAGAUGAGGUCCGUGUUGGCAUGAACCAACAUGCUUCUAGUGGCGCAACAUUUCAGUCUUUCUUGACCAAGCUUCGAGAGAUGCAAGUUAGGAACUGGUCUCUCUUGUAUACGAUGCUCAAGGCUGGUAUUGCGCAGAACAAGGCAGGUUUCACUACGCCGGAUAACGACCUUGCAGACUAUCUAGCGGCAAUCCAUCAAGUCUUGGGCCUUAGGAAAUUUUGCAAGUCGUCUAAUAAAAUCUUCCUCAAGAUGAUGCGGGUUGAACUUCUAAAACAGAACCUCAUAGACAACUGGGAAGAUUAUCUCGGUCAAGUUCUUUAUGACCUCUACGGCUUGAAACUCGGCGUUGGCCUCAGCGAAGUACAGGAUCACGGAUGCCCUCCUGAGAAGCUUGAGCGGCGUAAUACGACCGCGCUCGUUGAGAGAGUUUCCGUCCUUGCCAACCGUAUGCCAAUGAAAGAUUUGCUUAAGUCAGACCUGAAAACAACGAUAGAACAUAUGCAACAAGCCAUCGGCCAAACUAAAUCAAACCAGCAGUUCAUACAGAAUCUACGGAUUUUCAAUCAGACUCUGCAGAGGCCCAUCCCGCCGCUUCGCUUGUACGAAGCCCUCAAAGGCAAUAUAUCAAUCGAUGCAGUGACCGUCAACACCCCGGACAGCGCCUUAGCCAAGCACAGGUGGUUCUUUCUCCUGGGAAUGAUCGCGUUUACUAAAUUUAAGGGCGUGGACCUCAACAGGAGGCAGACACCAGGCGCUACUGACGACCUUCGUAUCGGCGCCACGUUCUUACGCCAGCAACUGCAAUUCACGCCUGACCAGUGGGAUGCGUGGUUCAGACUAGCCGAAUGCUUUGACUAUGAGCUCGAUGAAUCCGUGCUUUGGACUGCAGAUAAGAUGAAUAAGGAGAGGGCGGAACUUGUGAAGUACCAACGCAGCGCAAUCCACUGCUACACCCUCGCACUAUCACAGUCUCGGAAUGCACCACCUGAAGCGAUCGCGGAAUGCGUCGAUGACAUCCAUGAUCUCUAUCAUAAAUUCGGUAUGCGAAUGUAUGCCUCUAGCCGUGAGCCUUUUGCGAUGGAACCGUUUCACCACUCGGAACACAAACGAUUCGUUAUUCUCGAAUCUGGUGUGGAGUCCAAGGAUCUUCACUCUCAGAUGGAGGAUUAUAAAGUCUGGAAAUACGCAGCUAGGUUGUUCAAGAAAGCUAUGGAGGUCAAGCCAAAACAAUGGCAGAACCCGUACAUGGUGGCCAAGUGCAUCUGGAAGAUGUACCAAAAGCCGCCAACCUCCCUCGACCACAGAGAUAGGCGAGAUCGACCAACAAUGCAGACGGUCAUCAGCGCCCUUGAAAGGGCGGUCGAGGUUGUGUCUGCACUACCAAAGCCACGUCACGGCCAAGACCCUAUCUUGGAACCCCACUACAAAAUCGUGUCGAUUUUGCACAAGCUUGUCAUGCGAGGAGACAUAACGCCUCAGGAAGCGGCUGAUAUACUCCAGCGUCAACCGUACGCCGUCCAGGAUGGGGAACAUGUUACUAUCAACGACCUAGAGGACUGGGAGCCGUAUGUCAUCGAGACACUCAGCCAUCUGCGAGAGAAAGAUAGGUCUAACUGGCAACAUCGCAUUAUCAUGCGUCAUGCUAGGAUCCUAUUUGACGAGAAUUCCGAAGAGCAAGGCUAUGUCCAUGCGAUGGCUGCUUUUAGCGUGCUGAGGGAGUCCAUGCUUACAAAGACGAUGGUGAUGAACGUCUGGAAAUGUGAUGCGGAGCGGCCCGGCAGACAUCACGUUUACACUGAGCAAUAUGUUCGGUUCGUUGUCAAGCUCUUGGUCGUCCUAAAAGACAGGACGAAUUUUGAAGCUUUACUACGCCGUCUGCGCAAGAAAGGCGCCGACUUCUACCAUUUUAAUGAUCUCUGGCAGACUUGUUGCAUUUCGUAUCUGCGACUUAUCCGGCAAACAUAUCAGAUCUCGCCGGUCCUCGAAGACGACUUCAAGGCGAUAAGCCCCGAAGAGUUUGAGAUCAUCGCCUCCCGAAUCAGCGACUGGUCUUCGGACCCAGCCUUGGUCCAUCCUACUCUGAGUGCGUUGCGGGAGAUUAUCGAGUUGAAAAAGCUCAAUGCAGGGUUCAUGAAGGCUGGCGCCAUCGACGAUUUGGUGACUGAUUGUUAUACGGCGCUGUAUAAUGAGAUAGGGAAGUCUUUGCCAGGUCCCCCCAUAUCUACUCUAAUCGCAGAGCGGGAGCAAGCACGUUUUCGAGAGGAAGCCCGACAGUCCGAAAAAGCAUUAGAAUCCAAGCCGUCAAAUCCGUUAGGCAACCUCUUAAAUCCACAAUCCCACGAAAACUCGGGCACAGAAGGCGGUGCCGGAGAUUCGGCCCCGGCGAACACGGAAGGGGUGCAACGGCCUCGCAAGACAGGCAUCAGAAGGGCCGAUAUCCUCCGCAAGGCAGAACAGGCAGCCCUACGUGUCCAAGAAGGCCCAAAGCCUACUGGCACUAAGUCUCGCGGUUCUGUCUCUAGCGGAAAAACACCCGCCGCGGAGGAAGGAAAAGACGGUGAGGCGAACGACGAAUUACGGAGUGAGAACGGAGUGGUGGAUGAGGACACGGAGAUGAAGGAUGAGGAAGUCGAGGGCGAUAUGAGUUCAGCUCCUGGAAGCGUUCACGAUUCAGCCGACGAUGAAAGUGAUCUUAGCGACGCACCGCCCGAGGACGUCCUAGACGAGGACGAGGCUCAGCAGUUGAUGUUCCCAAACUUGAAGAGGAGUAUUGACACUAGAGCCGAGGACACUGAUAGCGAAAAUUCCAAUGCAGCUGGCACUUCGGGCGAAGAGGAAGAAGAGGAGGUAGAAGAAGCAGAUGAGGCGGAUGAGGCAGAUGAGCCUGAGUAGGCAACCUCAAAAAUGAUACGAUAGCCCAUGGAUCAUGGUUAAUAGCUUCUAUGUAUAUUAUGUGCAACAUUCGGUAACCCAUUAUCAUGGACUAUUGGCGGCAUAUCAGGCAAGGGGAAAGCAUCUAGGCUAAGAGUUGAAGGAGUUCCGGUGUGAAUAAUGAUUACUCAAGAUACCUAUUAGGUAGGUAUGUAGGUGCU